UCCAUGUAUCUUCUACCCAGAUUGAAAACGCAGCCCGAUCUCUAAAUUCGCCAUGGGAGUUUUCACCUUCGUCGUCAAGAGCUCAGGAGGAGAAUGGAGUGCCAAGCAAUACGAGGGCGAUCUUGAGGCCUGUGCUCCUUCUUCGUAUGAACUUCAGAGGAAGCUCGUCCAGGCUGCUCUCUCUUCUGACAGCUCCGGCGGCGUUCAGAGCUCCUACUCCCCCGUCACUCCUUCCUCUGCUGUCUUCCAGGUGAUCAUUGGUGGCGGCGGCGGCGGUGGUGCCUUUGUUGGAGGUGCUGCUGCAGCAGCCCCAGCAGGCGGUGCAUCUGCAGCUGCCGAGGCUCCAGCAGCUGAGGAGAAGAAGGAAGAGAAGGAGGAGAGUGAUGAUGACAUGGGAUUCUCCCUCUUUGAUUAAGUCGUAUAAGUUGUAGUUUGUCUAGGCUUGCUGUUCAAUUUUGCACCUAGUGUUGGAUUAUUGUGAAUUGCUCAGUUUUGUUGUGGUCGUUUAUGUUUGACAAUUGGAUGCACUAUCUUUAAAUGAUAGUAUUGAACGUGUUGUUGACUUGUUUCA